UAAUCACGUCAUAAUCCCACCCACAACAACCCACAAUUAAAUAAUAACUAUUAUUAAAUUAAUGCACAUGACAUUAAUCCUAUACAUCUUUCUUAUUUGUAAUUAGUUGCUUUUAUUUCAACAUGUAUAUAUUAGGUUGCACGAUUGCAUAAGUUACCAAUGGACUACUACGAUGAGGAACUUUUUCAGGAGUAUAGGAAAACUAGCUGGGAAGGUUUAUCAAGAUGGAUGAGGCCACAAGGCUAGCGAUCAGAGGGCAUUUCGCUAGAAUAUGUGUCGAAGUCAACUUGGCGAAACCUUUGAUAUGCAAAUAUCGUCUGAAAAGGAGAACACGCCGAGUUGAGUAUUAGGGCUUACGCAAGAUUUGCUUUGAAAUGUGGUCGUUAUGGGCAUGAGCAAGAAGUGUGCCCAUCGAAAACCCUAGCAACACCAACGGAAGCGGAUUUCCUUGGAGCACAUGUUCCACCCAACAAGCUUACCAUCGAGCAAGAACGCCCGGAGAUACAUGAGAGCUACGAGACACUUAUAACAGCAAAAAUAUAAGAAUUCGAAUUACAUUAUGCAUAUAUGUACUUUCCCCCCGAAAAAUUUCAUAUAAAUUCCUCGUCAACCAUUAGAUAGAAUGAGAAUGAAUUUUGCAUUACUAUUUCGGAGUUUCACAAGAGAGAUAACAUUAGGCAUCUUUCGAUAUUAAUUAGACUUGAGAACAUCAAAAUGGAAUGAUUAUCCAUCCAAUUUUGCAUUGUUAUCGUCAUCAUAUACUUAAAUGGAGAGAAGUAAUAAGAGAAGAAAAUCACGAUUAGGGGUGGGAGUCCUUAAAUAAUAAGUGCCUAAUAAGUAAUAAGAUGAUGAUAUUGUUAUUAGAUUUGGAUAAGUGUCUUCCACAUCGAUGACUCGGCCAUCACUUUCGGCUGGUGCUUUGUCGUUCCCACCACACGGGUGGCCUGCUUAUUGCUUUAACCUCCACGUGUCCACACCACCGAUUUUUGUUAUCUUCCUCACAGUCAAAACGGUAAGACUAACAAGGUUGGACGUCGUGGGAUCUAUCGUUGGACCUUUCACAAUGGACUAUUUGAUAAAAACACAUGGUUUUUGUUAUUAUUUGAUAUUCGGGCGAUUCCUGUUUUGCGAUGUUUUUGGAAUUGCUUGUGCAUUUUUUGGCAUUUUUUAUAGGGGUUUUGGGUGUUAUUUGAGUAUUUCAGUAGUGGGAUUAAAUGACAGAUAGUUUAAGGGAAGUAUGGGUGGAGGGCGGUCGGUUCGGUUAUAACUGAAAACUGAAGGGUCGGUUAUUGGUUAGCCGAACCGUCCUCUUCUCCCUACCAACCGAGCAUCCCUCCUCGAUUAAUCGACUACCGAUCAGUCGGUUAUCGGUUGGUUUGUCGGUUAGCCGUUGUAACCGAAAAUUGCCUGGCGCGGAGGAAGGAAGGUGUCGCCGAGCUUGGGGUCGCCGCUGUCUGGGAUGGAUGAAGGUGCGGAGGAGACGGAGUUGCGGUCUGGGACGGAGGGAGGCGUGAAGGAAGGGGUCGCGGAGCCUGGGGUCGCUAGGGAUUGGAGGGGUUCGCCGAAACUGGGAAGUUUGUGGAUGGUGGAGAGCGGAGGUGAACGAAGGGUGUGGGGUGGUUGCGGUUUGGAGGAGGAGGAUGAUAAAUGGAAGGAAGAAUUAGGGUGGGCGGGGAUGGGGGUAAUUGUUUAUGAGACAAAACGGUGAGGUUUUGGGUAGGUCGGUUACUUUCGGUUAGGCGGUUAUCUGCGGUUAAUAACCUCCGAUUAGUCGGCUAACCAAAAAGCCCCGCUCUUUCACUGAUGACCGACCGACUGACAUAACCGUUGUUUUUCGGUUAGCUGCUAACCGAUUACCGAACGACCACCCCUACAGAGAAGUAUCCCGGAUUAUAUGUUCUGUAAAUUGUGGACUUGAGUCAUUAAUCAAUAACCUGUAAUUUUCCUAAACCUACUGCUUGAUGUGUUUGUUUCUUAGAUUUGAGUUACUCUCUACAGACUUCAUGUUUCCUUCAAAUUGUGUGGAACACCUGUCUUGUGAUUGUUGUUAUGAAGAUACUUAAAAGUAUGGUAUCAUUCUUAUACUAUUCUAUCACCUUCAACGUCCAGAAAUCUUACCACAAAACAAUUUCGUAUUGUAGGCCGUUGUUGUCCAUUAUUAUUUCUUUUAGUGUAGGUAGAAGGUAAGUGCGUCGUCUAGUCAACUAUUUGUCGAAAGAGAUUUCUCAAUUGCGAAAAACAGUAAUUGUUUUCUCCAAAUCACUAUAUAUAUAUAUAUAUAUAUAUAUAUAUAUAUAUAUAUGGUGGCUACUUCGGUGCACUCACUUUUUUGGGUGCACUGAACGCACCCACUUUCUUUUUUAAUCUUAACCGUUAAAUACAUCAACGGUUACAAUAAUUUGAUUUUUUUAAUAAUUAAUUAUUAACUAAUAAACUAUAUUAUAUUUAUUAAAUUAAUUUGAACUUAUUGAUAUUUGCAAUUAAACCCCUAACAUUAAUCCUAUUGUUCGUCGUUUCUUUUCCUCGCUUCCACCGUCAGUAAUUUCCCGGUGGGAGGUGACGAUUAGUUUCCAGUGCCUGGCAUCAUCCUCCUCCGACACUAAUCCAUCACAGGCUAUUCUUGCAUGCUCAACAUGGUAUCAGAGAAGCAAGCAAGACGAGAGCAAAUAACAUAACCGGAAGAGCUUAGUAGAUAAUCAAACCAGAGACCUAGUAAUUAACAGUAAACCAAUAGAGAAGAGAUACAGAAAACGAAGUUUAAUAAUAAAGUAGACACAACAAAUGAUAAAAUUGGACCAAAAAAACCACUAACUAAUAAAAUUGAAGUAGAACAGCAACAAACAGAAAUCAGUAAUCAUAAAAUUGAACCUAGGCCUAACAACAUAAACAAAGUCGACGACAACCUGCAAAAAGAGAGCAGAUUAGAAAAGGUGAAGAUGAUGGGUCACCGUUCUGCCACGAAAACUGGCAACAAAAAGUGAGAGAGUGCCCCUCUAGCAAGCACAAACCAGAAGCACAAUUGGAAUCAGAUCAACCAGAAAUUGAGGAAACCAAGCUUCGGAAAUUAGAUUAAGAAUAGAAAAUCAGUCAAUGAGGGGCCUUUUAAUAAAUAAUUAUAAUUUAU